UCUUCUAUGCUCAUUACCCAGAAACCAAAAUGGCCCAACUCCUACAGACUAGAGAGUAGAGGGAGAGAGAGAGGAUGAUAGGUUGUAGAGUGAAUACGCAGAGCUGCCUCUGCACUGCAAUAAUAUUCACUCCAAAAAGACUUGACCCUUUUCACUUCCCACUAGGCUUCGCAGCUUCUUGUUCUUGCUCAAUUAUCCCAAAGCGCUUCCUUUCCUUCUCCCAAAAAACACCCACAAAACCAAAUGCAAAACCAAAAGCAAAUGGGGUUUUGUGCAAAUCGGAAGAUUUCUUGGUGAUCAACUUCUAUCACUUCGUCUUCAUUGACGACCCACAUGCAGAGGUCUCCAACCACCUCUCUUUCCUUCAGGGCCUUGACAUUCAUGGACGAAUAUAUCUAAACGAGCAAGGGAUUAAUGCACAGUACAGUGGGCCAUCAAAAGAUGCUCUGGCAUAUGUGGAAUGGUUAAGAGAAGAUGAAAGAUUUUCUGAUAUUUUAGUUCAGGUUUCUCCUGCGGUAAAUGGCCAUGCCUUUCCAAAGUUGAAAUUGCGCUAUAAGCCUUCACUAGUUCAGUUUGAAGGAGGUGUUGAUCAACUUCCUUUGCUCGAUCCUUCCAUGCGAGCAACGCGACUAUCACCAUCUGAGUGGAGAAAAAGAUUAGAAGAAGUGAAUACAGCUGAUGAUUCUUCAAAUGAGAACUACAUUUUAUUGGAUGUCAGAAAUGGUUAUGAAUGGGAUAUUGGUCAUUUUGAUGGAGCUCAACGACCUGAUGUGGACUGCUUCAAGAGCACUUCAUUUGGGUUAUCAGAGCCAGAGGUUACUGCAUCAGAUCCUUUAGCAGAUGUUGAUAAAGAAAAAACGGACAUAUUGAUGUAUUGUACUGGAGGUAUCCGUUGUGAUGUAUAUUCUACAAUUCUAAGGCAGAGAGGCUUUCAAAAUCUGUUCAGCUUAGAGGGUGGUGUCUCUCAUUAUCUGAAAAACGAAGGUCCAGUCAAAUGGACUGGGAAUCUGUUUGUAUUUGACUCUCGUCUUUCUCUCCCACCUUCUUCGUGCAAGCCUGAAGCGGUGGUUGAAGCAACCAAGAACCAAGAAGUUUCUAAGAAUAAUGCAUUUGCUAGAUGCUACAUUUGUGGUUCUCAAGUCUGCGAGUUGAGGCAUAGGAACUGUGCAAAUCUUGACUGCAACCUUCUUUUUCUAUGCUGCACGGACUGUGUGAAGGAGUUAAGGGGUUGUUGCUGCCCGAAUUGCACGACUGCUCCUCGACUUCGACCUGUUCUACCGGGGCAUCAGAGAUACCAGAAGUGGCACAUCUAUAGAGAUUCAGAGUUGCAUAGCAAGCUUCCAUCUUGAUCAAUCCCAUGAACCCUUGAGGUCAGAAAGUAGGCAUAUAUAAUUUGAUGUUCAAUAUUAAACAACUCAAUCAGGCAAGGGUAAUUUUGUGCUUUUAGUGGCUUGUCAAAUUUCAGGUUUCACCUGCAACAGAAAUUCUCAUUUUGAGCCCUGCAAUCUUGCAUUUGGCCUUGGUCUUUUAUGGGGAUACAGGCUAUUGCCCAUUGGCAAUAUUAAGUUAUUAUAUUUAUUUUAAAGAAAAGUGCAUGACAAGAUUAUGAUUUUG